UCAUCUGUUUUUCUGUUGUUUGCAUCUUGAUCUGAUUUGUGUCAUCUGUUCUCCUCCUCCUCCUCCUCCUACUCCCUGUCUGUCUGUCUGUCUGUCUUCUUCCUCUUCUUGUCGUUCAUUCGUUCACUGUUACUGUGAUGGAUCUCAGGACUGUUGUGACCAUCUUAACUCUUUUACUCAUUAUCAUCGCUGAAUCAAGAUCAGUCCAAACAAGUUCUGGGCCAGACAUCACAGAGACUACCUUCACCAAUCAGACCACUCCAACUACUCCAGCAACCACUGCCUGCUCCACCUCCAGCCCCAGCAUCUCUGCACCUGACCUGGGCCUCCUCAUAAUCAAAUGGAGUAAAUGUGUGGGGGACGUUAACCUGAUCCUCAAUCAUCCCUACAACUCCUCCUCGCCUGUCUGUUACGGCAGUGAAACAAACAUCCAGAGUGUUUUAAGAAAUGUGUGUGAAAACAAGAAAGGUUGUAAAGACGCACCGCGUUGGGUCGAAAGCAAAAACAAGCUGAAUGGUUAUGACAUCACAGAGACAGGAGCAAAGGAGAGGAAUGGGUGUAAGACACUGAGGAUCCUCUGCACAGUUGAGGUCGUCCCAGAUGAUGGCCUACAGGGGCAGCUGCAGGGCUACAAAGUGGUGACAGCUUUGCUGUGCUGUGUGUUGCUGUUCCUGUUACUGUUCCGCUUCACCAAACCCACCGUCAAAGCCCUACAGAAGAGAUUCUCAGACAGGAGGCAGAAUCGCUGGGUCGGACCUACACAGAGUCACAGUGUGUCUUACCAUCGAGGAAAAACUACUACAGUUAAAAACAAUGAUGGAGAGAAGAGACUGUCCUACCCUGCAGCUCUGGAGCGACUGGCAGUCAGUGACAGCAGAGAGCCUUCAUCCAACAGGAACAGUGAUUACAACUUCUGACACGCCUUCUGUCUUCUUCCUGCAUCAUCAUCAUCAUCAUCAUCAUCAUCCUUUAUAUGUGGGCUAAACAUAUGUUUUCACAUGUGACUAUUUAUGGAUUGUAUCUUUGACAGUAAUAUCACCUCUGUUUGUCGAGGAAAUGCUUACCAAUUAUUCCAGAUCAUGUAAAGUUGAUCAUUCACCUGUUGAUAUACCUGCUUGAUUUGCUGCAUCACGUGCUAAAACUUCAGCUUUUAACAAAUAGUCAGUAUUUACAACCAUCAAUGUAUAGUAUCGUAUCGUAUCUAACCUUACAGCAGCCCUUUUUAUAAAUGACACCAGAACGAGUUCUAUCAACCUGACUAAAGUUAUAUGAAGAUGGGAUAUUUUAAUGGAACCAUACACUAUUUUGGAAAACCACUUAUUAGCCAUCAUUGACGGUCAGUGAUAGCGGGGAUCCUUCGUCCAAUGCAGUGACUGCAUCUCAAAAAGUCCUGAAUGGUGCUGCCUGUUUUGAUGGAUACUGUAGAUAUAUUGGUGACUAGCUUGUUUGCUAACAAGCUACAACAUCAGACAGCUUUGUGCCUGUUAGACGGUGUAUUUUUCACUCUUAUCUAGGCUAGCAGUUUCCCCCUUCUUCCAGUCUUUCUGUUAAACUAGACUAAGCACAUUCUGGACCGAACUCUGUACUGCACAAACAGCGAUAAAACUGAGAAAGUUUCCAAAAUGUUGGUAUAUUCCUUUAAUUAGAGAAAACAUUUUUUAUAAAAAACCCUCUGAGAAUAUUGAUUCAAUAACAUCUCAUUCACUGACAUUAUACGAUUUGAUUUGUUUCUUUUAUUGACUCGUGAUUUGUGAUUAAUAUUGUGAACUUUUUUAUCUUCAGUAAAAUGAUCUAAGUUG